GCAAAGGAGGCUCAAGGGAUCAGGAUCUUCCAAUCUGGAAUCCUCAUCCAGAAUAGCAGGCAUCAGAUGAAUGGUUUGGAUUGCUUGACGAAACUUUUUUGCUGUCUGAACGAGAUAAUCAGGGAAAGGAAAUGACGUGGAAAGUCAAAAAAGCAAGGGAAAAGAAGGCACUCAGGGCCAUUGCUUUCCCUUUGAAGCGAGAGAUCAUUGGAUUCUGCUCUCAAUGACAAAAGCAAGUGAAUGAAUAAUUGUGAAAGAAAGGACAACUGAGAGAAGGCUACCUCUCAUUCUGCAUCUGUGAGUUUUGAAUUAGUUACUGAAAUUUCUUGUGAGAAGAAGAGAGAGAAGCUCCAAGAAGAUGGCUGCGGAGGCUGCUGUUUCCUUGGUCUUGGAUAAACUCAGCCAUAUCCUCAUUCAGGAAGCAGUUUUCCUCUACGAUGUGCGUAAUCAGGUUGAGUGGGUCGAGAGAGAAUUGAGGCGGAUGCUGUGCUUCUUGAAAGACGCUGACGCAAAACAAGGCGGUGAUGCGAGAGUGAAGAAUUGGGUAGCGGAGGUAAGAGAUGUUGCUUGCGACGCAGAAGACAUCAUCGACACCUUCAUCCUCAAAAUAGAAGGACAAAAGAGAAAUGGGUUCGUGGGUUCCUUCAAAAGGUGCAUGUUCAUCCAUGUUGAAUUAUUGGCUCGACGUGAGGUCGGCAAGGAGAUCGAACAGAUAAAGAAUAAAAUCCGGGAGAUCUCUGCGAGUAGGCUGACAUAUGGCAUUACAGAUGUUAGCAAAGUCGAAGAAGGUAGCAGCUCCAGGGGUGAAAGUCUGCACGAGCAAAGGCAAACUUCUCCUCUAUUUGGAGAGACAGAAGUCGUUGGUUUGGAAGAAGAUAUAAAGACAGUGGUUGGACAGUUGAUCGAAGGCGAUUCACGACGUUGUGUGGUUUCUAUAGUCGGAAUGGGUGGUCUUGGCAAGACUACUCUUGCCAGUAAAGUUUAUAACAAGGAGGCUGUUAAGAAACAUUUUGAUUGUUGUGCUUGGGUUUUUGUAUCUCAAGAAUAUGUUGUGAGAGAUCUUUUGAAAAGCCUUAUAAAAUGCUUCAUUACUCUUACUAGAGAAGAGCUUGAGAUGGUGGAAAAAAUGAAUUCUCUUCAGUUGAAGGAGAAGCUUUCCAAUCAUUUGAACGAGAGAAGAUAUCUUGUGGUGUUGGACGAUAUAUUGAGGACUGAAUCAUGGGAUUCUUUAGUGGCUGCUUUUCCAGAUACAAAUAGGGGAAGUCGAGUCCUGCUCACCACCCGGAACAGAGAUGUAGCUUCAUAUGCAGAUGUACGGAGCUCUCCCCAUGAGUUGCGGCUUUUAGAAGAUGAAGAGGGAUGGGAAUUGUUUUGCAAGAAAGCAUUCUUCGAUCAGGGUCUCAAUUACCCACAAAAUUUAGAGAAGCUAGGAAAAGCGAUUGUGGCAAGAUGCUGUGGUCUGCCUCUUGCUAUUGUUGUCAUAGGGGGGUUACUAUCGAGGAAAGCAAUGGAUCCAAACCAGUGGGAGAAAGUACUCAGGAGAAUUAGCUCUCAAUUCACUGAUGAUGAAUCUCAAAUCAAAAGAAUAUUAGCUUUAAGCUAUGAAGAUUUACCCUACCGUAUGAAAACAUACUUUCUCUACAUUGGGGUUUUUCCAGAAGACCAUGAGAUCCAUGCUAAGCAAUUGAUUCGGCUGUGGAUCGCGGAAGGAUUUGUAGAGUCAACAGGGGAUGAUACUGUGGAGGAAGCUGCUGAAGAUUGCUUGGAGGAGCUGAUCCAUAGAAGUCUGAUUCAAGUAGCUAAAAGAGAUUUGAACGGAAGAUUUAAAAGGUGCCGCAUUCGUGAUCUCUUACGAGAACUCUUGAUUUCAAAAGGCAAGGAAGAUAAAUUCCUGGAUGUUCAUCAUGGAGACACAAAUCCUCUCUCUCCGUCAAAAGCACGCCGGCUUGCUAUUCAUCAUGCCACUAGCCAGUACACUUCUUUAAAUCAAGCUAACCUGCACCUUCGUUUUGUGUUGUGCGUCCGUGGUAAAUGUCUUGGAGAAAAGCAAGAGGAGUUAAUUUACAGAGGAUUCAAAUUGCUUAGGGUGUUACACUUAGAUGUAUCUGAUACAGCAAUUGGAGAGCUUCCAAAGGAAAUAGGUAGACUAAUCCACUUGAGAUACCUUGGAGUCGACUCUUCUUCCUCCAUAAGACUCCCAUCAUCCAUAAGCAAUCUUUGCAAUUUAGAAACACUGCAUGUAGAAUCACAUUCGCGCAUAGUCAACAUUCCCAGUUGUAUUUGGAAGAUGCAGCAAUUAAGGCAUCUAGAUGUGUCGGUCGGAAAAAUAUUAAGUAAAGGUGUCUGGUCUAAAAUAGUAGGGUGUCCAUCACUCGGACUUGAUUCUUUAGUCAAUCUCCAGACUCUAAAACUUUUAGAGGCUGGUGAUUGGAUAGAGGAUUUCUUAGGGAAGCUAACUAAUCUUGAGAGACUAAAAGUAUAUUGGAUCCAUUUGAGUGGGCAUGUGAAGGGAUUGUUCAACUCUCUUCCCAAGUUGGGCCGCCUCCAGUCUUUGCGGUUGGAAUCGGCGAUUGCUAUUCCGGUUUUUAUGCCUUUUUCACAUCAACUGCAUCUGAAGAAGAUGCUAUUGAGUGUACCAUUAGAGAAGCUACCUGAGUCGUAUGAAUUCCCACCUAACCUCACCAAGCUUUCCUUGCAAUUCUCCAAUUUAAUGGAAGACCCGAUGGCGACAUUGGAGAAACUACCCAACCUUCGGAUUCUCUCAUUUUAUAGUCAUUCAUAUAUGGGAAAGGAAAUGGUCUGCUCUGCACAAGGGUUUCCUCAACUCGAAUCCUUACAUGUUGCGGGGUUACCUGAAUUAGAAGAGUGGAGAGUGGAGGAAGGAGCGAUGCCAAGGCUUUUACAUUUGCUGAUUCGUGAAUGCUCUCAUUUAAAGAUCCUUCCACAAGGACUGCAACAUGUGACUACCCUCAAGAUAUUGGAAGUGAAGGGCAUGCCUAGUGAGCUCGGACCCAGAAUGCGGGAAAACGACGGAGAGGAUUGGCAUAAGAUUCAACAUAUACCCUCCAUCAAAAUACAAUAAGUUGGUGCUAUUUCGGGCUAUCAAAGACAAUACAAUUUACUUUCUUGUUUCUUUCACAAUUUAAUCAUUUUAGUUUUAAUUAAUAUAUGCCAAAAGUACAACUUUGGAGUGGUUUUAUAUCAAGCGUCAUAUACCGGCCGAAUCAUAAUAUAGAAUGGCAAUUCAGUUCAGGUUAGGUCAGGUUGGGUCGGAUUAGGAUGAGUAUAGAGGACUUCAAGUUGGGCAACUCAGGUUGAAAUUUGGGUCGGGUCAAUUGCGGGUUGGGUAUUCUUGAGGUUGGGUUGGGUCAGGUUGACCCGCCAGAGUUGUAUCCCUAGUAUCAUCUAAUUCCCCAUCCAAAUUUGUACUGUUUGUAUUCUUGGCUGCAGGGACGGCUCAAACGGGUAUGCAGGUGAGGCAAUCGCCUGAGGCCCCCUAAUUAUGAAAGCCUU